AUGACUGCUGAAGUGUUUUAUGAGUUUAUUGCUAACGUUUUUCAUCCAUAUUUAGUCUCCAAAUCCGUCGAAUUCCCAGUAAUACUAUAUGUUGAUGGCCACAAAACACAUUUAAAUUACCAUUUGAGCCAGUUAUGUACACAUCUCAAAAUUGAAUUAAUAGCACUGUAUCCCAACGCGUCGAGGAUUAUUCAGCCAGCUGACGUCUGCAUUUAG